GUUUAUUAUUUAAAACAACCAAUACAAAUAUCGAAAGUGUAGCCCUCGAACUGGAAAUGUGUUCCGUGCGUGACGUCACAUCUCGAUGUCGGCGCACACAAACAAUCUCCAGUGCAGCAGGUCCUCCUGAGUGUGUGGAAUGGCAAUCUCUAUUGCGAUCCUAGACUGUGACCUGCUUCUGCAUGGCCGGGGGCACAAAACACUUGAUCGAUUCGAUAUCGAGACAGUGUCCGAUGAAUUUCUGAUGACAACAUUCGGCUUCCCACGUGAGUUCAUUUAUUACCUAGUGGAACUGCUAAAGGACAGCUUGUUGAGACGGACACAGAGAUCCAGAGCCAUCAGCCCAGAUGUCCAGAUACUCGCCGCCCUGGGAUUCUACACCACCGGGUCUUUCCAGAGCAAGAUGGGAGACGCGAUCGGCAUCAGCCAGGCCUCCAUGAGCCGUUGUGUUUCUAACGUCACUAAAGCUCUGAUUGAGAAAGCACCAGAGUUUAUUGGCUUCACUAGGGAUGAGGCCACCAGGCAGCAGUCUAAAGAGGAGUUUUACCGAAUAGCAGGAAUUCCUAAUGUCAUGGGAGUAGUGGACUGUUCACAUAUAGCCAUUAAAGCUCCCAAUGCAGAUGACUCUUCGUUUGUAAAUAAAAAAGGAUUUCACUCAAUCAAUUGCCAAUUAGUAUGUGAUGCCAGAGGACUGCUGCUGAGCGCUGAGACACAUUGGCCAGGUAGUCUGACAGAUAGAGCUGUCUUUAAGCAAUCCAGUGUGGCAAAGCUGUUUGAAGAGCAAGACAAUGAUGAAGGUUGGCUUUUAGGUGACAACCGUUACCCUCUGAAGAAGUGGCUGAUGACUCCAGUGCAGAGUCCAGAGUCCCCUGCUGAGUACCGCUAUAACCUGGCCCACACGACGACGCAUGAGAUUGUGGACCGCACAUUCAGAGCCAUUCAGACGCGUUUCCGGUGUCUGGAUGGGGCUAAAGGUUACCUGCAGUAUUCCCCGGAGAAAUGCUCCCAUAUAAUCCAGGCCUGCUGUGUGCUACAUAACAUUUCCCUGCAGUCUGGCCUUGAUGCCUGGACUUUUGAGAGGACUGAGGCCACGGACCAAUCAGGGGAGAAUAUUGAUCUCAAUGACCCCGUCGACCCAGAAGCUCUCAGAGUUCGACAGGAACUCAUCCAAAAUCAUUUCAGUUAGGAAAAUCUGUCAUUUAAUCAUAAUUUAACAUUUUACUUGUUUCAGUCUCCUCUUUCUUCUGUGGAAAACAAAAGAUGAUAUUUC